UGGGGGGGUGGUUUUGAGGAUAAGAAAAGCUGGGGGUAUGGAGUCAGUCAGUGGAAAGCAGCAGCAGUCGUCGCCGCCUGGGAGACGCUAAUUCGAAGUCUUCUUCCCCUGCCCCCUCCCUCCAAUAUUUGGGGAGGGGGGGUUCGAUUGGUCUUUAAAUAGGCCCCAAGUGCGACCAGGACCUCAGUCAGUGAGAGGAGCCCCGGGGGGGUGCAGAGAGAAUCAUCAGGGUGGAUGGAAGGAGUCACUUCCUGAGACCCAUAGGGUGCUGAGAGGAGGGAGAAAGGAGUAAAGACGAGCUUUAAUCACCACCACCCCCCUUUCCAGACACUGGGGGGAGGGGGGUGGGGGUGGGGAGGAAGAUCUGUCUCUAAGCCCUCCCCCAAGCCCCAGGAAGGGCUGUAGGUGAGGGAGAGCCCAAACUCGCCAGUCGGAGAACAAUACUGUCUUUGCGAGUGAGCUGCUGCCCCCAGCUUUAACUACAGUCAGGGUCAUAAUACCGAACCGUCAAAGUUGCUCGAGAAUAAUACUGACCUGGGAGAGAAUUACUGCCUUAAUCUGUGUAAUAAUUCUCUAGAGCAGCUGCAAGGAAGCUUUAACUGCAGUUACAAUAAUGGUACUGACCUAGGAAAACAGCAAAAAAAAGUAACCUUGUGAGAAUUAUUGCUAUAGUUCGGGGACCAUUACUCUUGAGCAGGCUAAUUUCCAACUCUGUACUUUAAUCAUAGAGAUAAUACUGCAGGAAAGAAUUGCUGCAACAAUUAGGGUCAUAAUUUUGUGGAACAGGCUGAUUUCCAGCUCCAGUGAAACUUUAACUUUCACAAUUGAGAGCAAAUAAUCCUGACCUCUGACAGGGCUGUUGCCAUAUUAGGGGUAGUAAUACACUGGAACAGGUUGAUCACCAGUUCCAAAAAGGCGAUAAACAAUUAUCAGCCUUAUAAUAUUGAUCUAAUAGAGCAGGGAGAGUACCAUACUGACCUGAUUUACUGGUAUAUUGAGGAUCGUAAUAACCUGGAAGAGAUGGAGGUUAGUAAUACCCCUCACAGGGAAGACCAAACCCACCAGCUAGAGAAUAAUAUAAGAGGAGACUGUUGUCUCAGUCAAAGUGGUAAUACUCCAGGUUUGGCUGAUUCCCUGCUUCAGGGAGGUUUUAACCACAAUAAGUGUAAUAGUAUUGACCCAUUAGAGCAGCAAGUGAAUAAUACUGACCUUCAAGAUAAUUAUUGCGAUAAUAAGACUAAUAACUCCCUGCCACAGGCUGAUUCCCAGCUUCAGGGGGGUUUUGACCAUAGUCAAAAUAAUAAUACUGAUCCAGAAGAGCAGCAUGAGAAUAAUACCAAACUCGGAGGGGGCUACUUUCACAGUCAGUGUGGUAAUGCCCUGGGAGAUAAUCAGAGAAGGAGAGAGGUUAGUACCCCUGCAUGGGGAGACCAAGCCCAUCAACUGGAAAAUAAAACUGAACCGGGAGUGGACAACUGCUACAGUCGGGCUGAUAGACUGGAAAUCCGCCAAGUGAUUAAUAUUAAUCAAAGCAUGGACUGCAGCUAUGGUCAGGAUUCUAAUAUUCUAGGGGACAUGGAUGUUAAUGAUACUUCUGUCAGGAGGCCGUGCUGUCAUCAGGAAAAUAGUGCUAAUCUGGGCGAGGUUAGCUGCAGUAAUCAAGGUAAUGAUGUCCGAGAACGUGAUACUUAUGACCCAGGAAGUGGAGACCAUCAAUGCCAGAGCGAAAUCGAGAUAAAUGGUAACCAGACUGAGAUAAUAGUUAACAGUGGGUCGAAAGCCUCCUCAACUGAGGAAGAGAUUGUCUGUGCUUAUGACGGGAAAGGUGUGAGAGGAGCUACUGGUGACUGCCUGUUAGAAAAUGAGAUUAAGAGGGAUCCCAAAGAAGAGAGGAGGCAAGAGGGAGCACUUGUCUUGGAGGCUGAGAAGGGAAGCUGUUCAGAGAUCGGGAGAAACGGACUGGGGUCAGAGGAUGGGGUGUGUGAAGCCGGAAACAGUGAAUCCACACAGAAACUCGAAGAAGAAUCAAAGGGGCGAAUAUACCAGGAACGAGUGAGCAAUGAUAUCAGAGGCAAAGAUCUGUCGUCAGGGAAGUCUGCACGAAGGAGUAAAGAAGAGAAGAUAGACCAGGUACUCUGCAUUCAUGAGGUCAAUUGUAUGGUGAAAGAAAACAUGGUGGAGGAAAACUGCCUUGAGACAGGAACAGUGGAAGAAAAGGAGAGGAGACAGAACAUGUCUGCUGUACUAACGACAGAUAAAUUCACACAGUGUGUAUCAACAGAGACUAGACUGCAGGAAGUGAAAAUUGAAGCACUGCAGAAAUGGGAGCCAAAUACCAGCAGCAGUGAAAACAGCAAAGAAAUGGACAGCGAGAGGAGCUGCCGAAAUCUGGAACUGACUGCCAUACAGGAGGCGAAUACAAACUUGAUACAACAGGCCAGCAAGGAGCGAGGUAUAAACCAGGAGAAGGUAAACUGCAUGUUGAUUUUGGAAGCAGAGAACUGUGCAGACCAACAGUUGGAGGAGUGUAGGGAAACUGAAUCAGACAGUGAGGGGCCAUUACCCCUGGCAGCAGGCACUGCCAGGUUACAGAUGAACACUUCAGCAUGUGACACUUACACUAAAUAUUCUGCUUCGCCCCAGAUCCGUUUGGAUUUAAUCUCCCCAGUGGGGGACAUCUCCCAUCCUCUUGCACUGACCUCCUCCUCACGGGACCAGGCUGGAGAUGCCACUUUGCUCUUGCCCUCAGUGGACAGCCGGGCAAAACAAAGCGUGAAGCGAGUAACCUUUCCCUCUGACGAGGCCAUCGUUUCUGGAGCUGUGGAGCCGAAAGACCCCUGGAGACAUGCCCAGAAUGUGACAGUGGAGGAGAUCAUUGCUGCCUACAAGAUGGCCUGCCAGAAGCUGAACUGCAAGCCGAUUAACAAGCUGCUCAAACAGAUCCAAGAGUUUAAAGAACUUUCACAGAGGCUGGACUGCCUGGAUCUGAAAGGUGAGAAACUGGACUACAAAGCUUCUGAAGCCUUGGAAGAGGUUUUCAAACGUGUCCAGUUUAAGCUGGUGGAUUUGGAGGCAACCAACCUGGAUGAAGAUGGUGCAUCAGCAUUGUUUGAUAUGAUAGAAUAUUAUGAAUCAGCCACACAGCUCAACAUCUCAUUUAACAAACAUAUUGGGACGCGAGGAUGGCAGGCUGCAGCGCACAUGAUGAGGAAGACUAGUUGCCUGCAGUACCUGGAUGCAAGGAACACACCUCUCCUCGACCACUCUGCACCAUUUGUGGCUCGUGCUUUAAGAAUCAGCAGCAGCCUGGUGGUACUGCAUCUGGAAAAUGCCAGUUUAUCUGGCCGACCGCUCAUGCUGUUGGCAACUGCGUUGAAGAUGAACAUGACGCUGCGAGAGCUGUUUUUGGCUGAUAACAAAUUGAAUGGUUUGCAGGAUUCAGCACAGCUGGGAAACCUCCUAAAGUUCAACUGCACCAUCCAGCUAAUGGACUUGCGCAACAACCAUAUUCUAGACUCAGGCUUGGCAUACAUCUCUGAUGGAUUGAAGGAACAAAGACAAGGUUUAGUGACCCUGGUCUUGUGGAACAAUCAGCUGACCCACAAUGGGAUGACCUACAUGGCAGCUGCACUGCCCUACACAUUGAGUCUGGAGACGUUAAAUCUUGGCCAUAAUGCUAUUGGCAAUGAAGGUGUGCACAAACUCAAAGAUGGAUUGAUUGCAAAUCGAUCGGUUCUGCGCUUGGGAUUGGCAUCUACAAAACUCACCUGUGAAGGCGCCGUGGCCGUGGCAGAAUUCAUUGCUGACAGUCCCCGCCUGCUCCGCCUGGAUCUGCGUGAAAAUGAGAUCAAGACUGGUGGACUUAUGGCUCUCUCACUAGCCCUUAAAGUGAACCAUUCCCUCCUAAGGCUUGACCUGGACAGGGAACCCAAGAAAGAAACAGUAAAGAGCUUCAUUGAAACUCAGAAGGCUCUCCUCUCAGAGAUUCAAAAUGGCUGCAAGAGGAAUUUCAUCCUGGCAAAGGAGAAGGAGGAGAAAGAGCAGAAGAUGCAGCAGUCUGCGUCGAUGCCGGAGAUUACUGUGACAGUGUGCGACAAUAAGGAGCCCCAAAAGAGCCAGGUCUGCCUGAAGACCCAGGAAAUGCCAGAGGGUUCGGAAAAUGAAGUUGUCCAAGAGACAGUAACCAGGAAUGCUGAAGAGCUGGUUGGCACCAAUGAGUCGAUUGUUGCGUCCUGCUCUGUGGAGUGUAACCUGCAGCCUGCAGUGCAGGUUGCACUCCACAGAGCAGGACGCAACCUGCAGCCUGCAGUGCAGGUUGAAUCGGAACAGAGCCAGGAACAAUUGAGCGUGGCUGGAAUGUCCAGCUCGGAGAAGCAGCAGCUUCAGAAGCAGGAUCCUUUGGAAACACGUUGUGGAAAGGAGUCAGUCACAGAAGGUGAUGUGGGUGACAGAAGCAGCCUGGCCGCUGUUGGUGAUCAGCCAACGCUGAUUGCCACUGAAUUAAAAUCUCCAGGGCCUGAGAGUCCAGUAUUCAUCAGGUCACCAAUCGACAUCUCACCAAGAAACAACGAGCGCUUGGUGUCCAGUCCAGGCAGGGGACGCAAAGUCUUUUUUGUAACCAGGGUGGAGAGCCCACCAGAAAACCACAACAACCAAGACAUGCAAUGGCAGAAUGAACCGCUGCAAAGCAGAGCGUAUGCUAUCUCCACUAAAGAGGCAGAAUCCCCAUCAAAGCCUUUACCUUGUUCAGCAUCAGACCCACUGUCAACUUCGACUGUCCUAGAUCCUGCCCUGGAUGGUAGUUCCCAGACUGAGAGCCUGUCAGGCCUGGACAGAGGGGCAGAUAACCCUGGGUACGACUUUGAGAAAGUUUGUGCCAAAGACUGCGAUCACAUGAUACAUGGGGCUGCCUUACCAAAUGGACUGAAAGCAGAGCUUGUACAAAGGUUGCCUGAGACGACAGUGCUGACCACAGGCAAGGAUGGUAAAGCAAUGAGCUGCAGCAUUGAGCAUGAGUUUACAUCCCCCAAAACUGAAAAGGAGCUGGAGGAGUUAUUGCUGGAGGCGAGUCAAGAGACAUGUCGUGAAACAUCGUGAAAGUGAGCAAUGAGUUUCAGGUCUUGCUGAAUGUGUUGAGACUGUCCUUGAAGAUUCCCCACCCUCUUCAACACCAACAAAAGAUGUAUUUUCUCUCUUGCCUUCUCCUCAUUGCUCUCGCUCUCUGUCCCUCCGAGCAGUGGCCAUUGGACUAUCCAUUGUCAAUUCACCUUGCUCUUCAUGCCAUUCCACCUUGCCUCCAGCGAAGGGGUUUCUCUGACCCAGUUUGGUUGGGAUACAAACCAAAGAAAGCACCACCCAGGAAGUUAGAUUGCUGCCGGACCCUGCCUGAUGCGGGUGAGUGGUGUCUCGCUUAUGGAAAUGGAGACCAUCGGAACACGAGAUGUGUCCGGGACCAUCGAGUCUGGAAGAAACUGUUAACAGUGUGACUCAGGCAAUGGACGUUUGCCUUGGCAGUGCGUGCAUCAUGCCAGGGCUAGGAUUAACGCUAGUUCUCAUUUACUGUAAACUACAAGUAGGAUUUCCCUUCACUCCCUUCAUGUUUUUUGCUAGCAAGGGGCAGGUCCAUUAUUCAAGAAACCAGCCCCUGUCUGCUUAAUCCUGAUUGUUGGUCCUCCUUGUGAUCCUUCGUCUCUCCUGAUAGUGAAAGGAUUUGCACUGAGGAGAAAAUCAGAAGGACUCAAAAGAUCAUUUUCAGCUCUGGUACUGUUUGUGUUCUAGUUUACCAGUGAGAUUUUUCUUAUUUUGGAUUAGAUGCUAUUUAUUUUUAGCGUUGAUGUUUAUUGAUGUCUGGUUAAUGUUUUUAAAAUUGGCAGUGUGGAAUUUGCCUGAGGAGUUGCAGUUUGAAUGCUCCAAUUUUAAUGCAACUUUUGAGUUAGCAGGACGGUUAUGCCGAUUGGGAAAAGCGUCGGAAGUCACUCGAGAACUACUUAAUCACAUGUCGUGAUUACUGACAUCGACAACUAGAUGUUAACACUAAUUGAACUUGCUGAAUGUUAGUUAAUCUGGUCAUUGACAUAAGUCAUUGUCCCCAACCAUUUGGUAAAAGUAGAUUGAUCACCUAGCGGUUUCUGUAUUGCACUUAUGAAUCUUUGGUUGGGGGGGGGGAUGAUUAAAAGCUUUGGAUGCAUCUUUAAUAAUUAUUCCCAUUAAACUGCCAGACCUGCACAGUGA